UAAAUAAUAAUAACAUCAAAGAUAUAAAAUUGUAAAAAAAUGGCAAAAGUUCAAUCUGCACUCCUCAUCGCCGCUGUCAUUUUCUUGGUCUCCUUGCUCGGCGUCUCCGGCGCCAAGGAAGAAAAAGUGUUCCGCUACAAGGUCACCGGAACAGUUUACUGCGACGUUUGCCGCGCCAAAUUCGUUACCAGAGUCGCGGAAAGAAUGCCGGGCGCCAAGGUGAAGCUGGAGUGCCACAACACCACCGACGGGAAGACGACCUACAGCCUGGAAGGCGAAACCGACGCUAACGGCGUGUACCACCUGGAAGCGGAGGGUGAUCACGACGAGGAUGAAAUCUGCGGCAUCAAGCCGUUGAAAAGCCCGAAAGAAGAUUGCAGUGAGGUUAUUAAAGACAUGUGGGCAAAAGAAUUCACAAGAGUCAGCCUGACCGCCAAUAACGGCAUGGUCACCGGUAUCCGUCAAGUAAACCCUAUCUUGUUCCUCAAGAGCAAGCCCAUUGCUGUUUGCUCUGAAGUGUUCAAGGAAUUGCAUUACAUCCCAGGAGAAUACCUCCAUCCUUGAACAACACAAGACACCACAAAGAUCAUAUCCCAGUUUUACUAGGCUCAGAAAAUAAAUAAUCCAGUAAUAUUUCAUUGAGAUUUUAGGAAAUA